AUGAUGUUGAUGUGGAGCACAGCUGUUUUGGGGAUCGCUUUCCUCCUCGUCGGUUGUGGGGCCUUCAGCCUGCCGAAUGUUCCCGAUAACCUGACCAAGGAACAGCGUUCCGCGGCUAUCGUCUCAGCUAGCGUAGCGGAAGAGAUAAGCCGUGAGUACCUGAAGUAUCACCGGACGGGAAUCGAAACGGCGAGGCUUCAGGAGCUGGGAAAGGAUCUGCGCACCAGCCACAGUAAAAAGGCCAUUUUCACCGAAUCCAUGGCUGAUCUGAGCUCCACGGAUCAGUACUUCGUUUGCACCUUGUGCAGAUCCACCAUAAAUGUAUUUGCCAGAACUUUCACCCAGGGAGAGUUGAGUGGUCCGGAAAGGGAUGAUGAGGCCAAGAAAUUGAUACUUGGACUCUGUGAUUACUUUGACGUUAUGACCCCAGAGGUUUGCUCCGGAAUUUUCGAUCUUAACUGGCCCAUUCUUGACUUUAUCAUGAAUGAGACUGUGGCGAGCUCCCAGUCCUUCUGCAGCAUGCUGCCCAUUGCCAUUUGCCAGGUGAAACAGGAUGAGUACAAUCUUACCUUGAGCAUUCAGGGUGAUUCGCCCACCGAGUCGAAUUCGAAUUUACCCGCCAAGAGCUCUGAGGAUAUUCUAGUCCUCCACCUGACCGAUAUCCAUUAUGAUCCCGAGUACGCCGAGGGUAGCAAUGCAGUUUGCGAUGAGCCCAUGUGCUGCAGGAACUCCCUACCCGAAGGAUCUGAUUCCACGGCAGCAGCUGGUUUUUGGUCCGAUUACCGUGACUGCGACUGCCCCAAACGCCUCAUUCUGAGUGCCUUUGAUCACAUCAAGGAGAACCACAAGAUCGAAUGGAUAUAUCACACCGGAGAUGUGCCGCCCCACAAUAUCUGGUCCACCACCAAACAGGGAAAUAUGGACAUGCUGAGCGAAAUCGAUGGACUGCUGGCCGAGUACUUCCCAAACACGCCCAUCUAUCCCUGCCUCGGAAACCACGAGCCCCAUCCUACGAAUGUUUUCGGCAACGAUGAGGUACCCACAGAGCUGAAAGUGGAUUGGCUUUAUGAGCACGUUUGGAGUCUGUGGUCCAAGUGGCUGCCCGCUGAGGCGAAGGACACUGUCCUUCGGGGAGGAUAUUACACCGUCUCCCCAAGCCAAGGACACCGCAUUGUGACUCUGAACAGCAUGGAUUGCUACCUGUACAACUGGUGGUUGUACUACAACGCCUCCUUGAUUCAAGAACAGCUCCAGUGGUUCCAUGAUACUCUACUAUUGGCUGAGGAGGCGGGCGAAUCGGUCCACAUCCUCACCCACAUUCCCGCUGGCGAUGGCGAUUGCUGGAGCAGUUGGGCAUACGAGUACAACAGGAUUCUCACGCGAUUCAAUGCCAUCAUAACUGGAGCUUUCAGUGGGCACACCCACAAGGACGAGAUGAACCUGCAUUACUCCGAUGAGGGUUAUGCCACGGUUGUGAAUUGGAACGGUGGAAGCUUGACCUCCUAUUCAAAUAAGAAUCCCAACUACCGGCUGUACGAACUCAGUCCUGGAAACUGGCAGGUUCUGGAGCACCAAACCUUCACAAUCAAUCUGACCGAGGCUAAUUUGAGCCCCAGCGAACAGCCCAAGUGGUAUUUGGAGUACCAGUUCACCAAGGAGUACACCGAGGAUACAAGUCCUGCGGGAAUCGAUCGAUUGUUGCAGGAAAUGGCUGAGAAACCCGCUCUGCUGAGGAAAUUCUGGCGAAACAAGUUUACCAAUUCGGAUCCCAAGUUGGCAGAGGGCUGUGAUGACACUUGUCUCAGCCAGACAAUCUGUAGAAUUGCCACCAGUAACUAUCUGGAGCGAACUCGCUGCAAGGAACUGCAGGCCAUCCUGGCAGAGAGUCUGGAGAACGAGACAGAUGAAACCGAUGAUAAUGGCGAUGGAGGUGCUUCGGGCCUGACUGCCCUUAGUUUGGUUUCCCUACUGGCACUUUUAGCUGCAUCCAAAGUUCUUAGUUGAGACUUAUCAGUGCCACCCGAUUAUUCUUAAACCAUAUCAUCAUAAGCCAUAAUCGAACCCCAUAAAGAGGGGCCGUAAAACUACUAAGGAAAGGCCCGCAACCCCUGCAGAUAAAUGAAAACCAA